AUGGCUAAAGAUGACGACAAUUCGUCACCACCGCCACCUUCAUCCCCUGAAUUUCAUCCUGCCCUCACAGUAACGAACAUCAAGAAUUCAAUCCCACUAACCCUAGACUAUGAGAAGGUUCAAUAUUCAAGCUGGGUAGAAUUGUUUGAAAAUCAUGUUUGUGCAUAUGACGUUCUAGAUCACAUUGACCCCAAAACACCUUAUCCUUCCAAUAUUUCUGAAACUUUAUGGAAUCGACUUGACGCGAUCGUCAAACAAUGGAUCUACGGCACCAUAUCGAAGGAUCUUCUUGAGACUAUUCUUGGUCGUAAGUCUACUGCUCAACAGACUUGGGACCGAAUCAAGGACAUAUUUCAGGAUAACAAGACGAACGUCGACCAGCCCAUCUCUGAUCAGAAAUUGGUGCUCCUUCUCGUCGCCGGUCUUAAUAAAACGGAUUAUGACACCGUUGCAACUAUGAUUGCCCAAACUGACCCACUGCCCUCUUUUAAUACGGCCUGUUCUCGUCUUCUUCUCGAAGAAUCGCGGCGCAACACCAAUCACAGCAACCCCCCUUCAUCCUUUGUCGCACAACAACAAAGCUCCGCAUCAUCCGAAUCCGCCCAACAACAACCAGCUACACCCGGCGGAGGACGUGGUGGCGGAGGUCGUGGGCGCGGCUGGGGCAAGGCCGAUCGAGGCAGGGGGCGCAGCCAGGGGCGUGGUGGCCAAGGAGGCCAGGCUCGGGGUGGACAGCAGCAACAAUCCCAACCCUCGCAAGCCCCUACUUCUCAGCAACCUUCUGGACCGAUUGGUCAAGGUUGGGCCCAACCGGGCACUUGGCCCAAUCAGCAGUAUCCGUGGCCUCAAUGGGCAACUCCACCAGCCCCCUUUCCAACUAUGGGCCAUGUUCAGCAAAGGCCCAGUGCACAAAUUCAACAUCAGCAGGCUUAUUACAGUGGUUCUCUUAUGUACGGUCAGCCCAUGACCCCAACGGAGCUCAGUAGUGCUUACUCAACACCAGGAUUGUCCCCACCGGAUAAUGGAUGGUAUAUGGAUUCGGGAGCUACUUCUCACAUGAGCCAUACUUCCGGUAAUCUUCUUCCCUUGUUACAAUUAAGCACUAAUAAUCAUAUUUUAGUAGGAAAUGGUCAUCGCAUUCCAAUUACUGGUUAUGGUCAUUAUAAAUUCCCAAAUUAA